AUGUUCCGUGCUUUGGUGCCUAGAAUCCGUGCACCCAUUGUCAGACUGUCACUUUUGACACGUCAGUCGUUUUACUCGACGGCUCCAAAGAAGAUUCGUAGUCCUGACCAGGGCCCAAAGUUACGGUACUUGUUCAUGGUGGUACUUGCAUCGUAUGGUCUUUUGCACCUUGCCACGCAGAGAAUGGACAAGGUCAAAAAACCACAGACGAGUUUUUCGGAACGUGAGUUUCAGGAGCACGAAAAACAGAAUGUGUUGAAAAGAAGAACGAAGGUGGUGCCUCCAGAGAAGAGGGACCAGUACAACUUCUAUGUGGUUCCUUUCGUCAAGUCGAAGGAGUCUAUUGUCGAUGUGUUGAAGGGGAAGCUUCUGCUGGGAAGGGAGGUUAAGGUGAUUGACCCAGCGGAACUUUUGGAGAAGGAGCUUGAGCUGGAAGGUAGAUACUCAUACUUGAUUGAGGAUAUCAAGGCCACUGGAAGACAAGUUCCUAAAGGUUUGGUCACCGCUUUGGUCAAAAACGAGGUGAAUCUUUUCAUGAACACCACCAAGGGCCAGUACGAUACGGAUAUCGUGUUGGUGAACUACCCACAAACCACAGACGAGGCCAUUAAGUUUGAAAAUGAUAUUUCAGAUAUCCACACCUGCUUUGUGCCCGAGAACGAAGACGUGUUCAAGAACAGUUUUGACAAGGAAGAGCUUAGAAAGAUCACCAACGUCAAGGGAUACUUUGAUAUUGUCAAGAAGGUGCAAAAGUUCAACCAGGAAUGA